ACCAAAUCCUUAUUUCCGCCGAAUAAAGGCCGCCGAUCACAGUCCUCCGCCGCCACAGCGCGAGCUCGUCCCCCUCCUCUCACUUCCACAGCUCCGACAGGAAUCUCUCCCACAACCAUGUCUCCAUCUUAGCACCCUUGAAACCCUAGACCGCCAUGGCUCCCCUUCUCGUGCUCCUCCCUCUCCUCGUCUCCCUCUCCUCCGUCCCCCCCUCCUCCUCCUCCUCCCAGGACCCCGCCGCCGACCUCUUCUUCCCCGGGUUCCGCCGCGCCGCCGCCGCCGGCAACAUCACCCUCAGUGGCGUCGCCGAGAUCGACGGCCGCGGCGUCCUCAGGCUCACCAACGAGACGGGCCGCCUGAUGGGCCACGCCUUCUACCCCUCCCCGCUCCGGUUCAAGAGCUCCCCGGACGGCGGCGUCUCCUCCUUCUCCGCCUCCUUCGUCUUAGCUGUCGUCCCCGAGUACCCGAAGCUCGGCGGCCACGGCCUCGCCUUCGUCGUCUCUGCCGCCAGGGACUUCCGGGCCCUGCCCAGCCAGUACCUGGGCCUCCUCAACGCGAGUGACAUGGGUAACUCCUCCAACCACCUCUUCGCCGUCGAGUUCGACACCGUCCAGGACUUCGAGUUCGGCGACAUCAACGACAACCACGUCGGGAUCGACAUCAACAGCCUGGUCUCCAAUGCCUCCGCUCCGGCGGCCUACUACGCCGCCGGCGAUGACUUGACCAAGCUAGAUCUGAAUCUGAAGAGUGGGAGGGCGAUUCAGGCGUGGGUUGAUUACGAUUCGAGCGAGAAGGUGAUCAAUGUGACGAUUGCUCCUAGCUCAGUGAAACCCAAGAAGCCAAUCUUGUCUUUCAACGUGGAUUUGUCGCCGAUUUUCAGAGAGUUCAUGUAUGUUGGGUUCUCUGCAUCGACUGGUCUGCUCGCGAGCUCUCAUUACGUGAUGGGUUGGAGUUUUUGCAUCGACGGGGUAGCCAGAGCUCUUGAGAUUUCGUCUCUGCCACCAUUACCAGGCGCCGAGAAGAAGCAUCCCCACACAGCUCUAGCAAUAGGAAUCUCGGUGUUAUCAGUUGUUCUUGUAGUGUCUGCGGUUCUUCUUGCGGUCGUGAUUGUUCGGAGGAUCAAGAACGCCGAUGUGGUCGAGGAGUGGGAGCUCGAAAUCGGUCCCCACCGAUUCUCCUACCAAGAACUCAAGCAAGCAACCAAUGGGUUCAAGGAAAAACAGCUUCUCGGGCAAGGUGGGUUCGGCAAAGUGUACCGGGGGACCUUGCCAAGUUCCAAGAUCCAGGUCGCGGUGAAGCGGAUCUCGCACGAGUCGAAGCAGGGCCUCCGCGAGUUCGUGUCGGAGAUCUCGAGCAUCGGGCGGCUCCGCCACCGGAACCUGGUCCAGCUCCUGGGCUGGUGCCGGAAAAGGGGCGAUCUUCUGCUGGUGUACGAGUACAUGGCCAACGGGAGCUUGGACAUGUACUUGUUCGACGAGCCUAAGGCCACUCUGGUCUGGGAACAGAGGUUCCGCAUAGUGAAGGGCGUCGCUUCAGGGCUCCUCUAUUUGCACGAGGGGUAUGAGCAAGUGGUCAUUCACAGGGAUGUGAAGUCCAGCAAUGUGUUGCUGGAUGACGAACUGAACGGGAGGCUCGGGGACUUUGGGCUCGCGAGGCUGUACGAUCACGGGUCGAACCCGGGCACCACCCGGGUUGUGGGCACGCUGGGGUACUUGGCCCCGGAGACCCCGAGGACCGGGAAGGCGAGCGCGAGCUCGGACAUGUUUGCGUUCGGGGCCUUCUUGUUGGAGGUGGCUUGCGGGCGCCGGCCUAUCGACCACGAGGCCGGGCCCGAGGAGCUGGUCCUGGUGGAUUUGGUUUGGGAGAGGUAUAAGGAAGGGAGGGUCCUUGAUUUGGUGGAUCGUAAAUUGCAGGGUGAGUACAACGAGGGUGAAGUGAUGGCGGUGUUGAAAUUGGGGCUGCUGUGUUCGAAUUGUAACCCGACGGAAAGGCCUACGAUGAGGCAAGUGGUGAGGUACUUGGAUGGGGAGGUGGAUGUGCCCGAGGUCGCGACCGCGCCGAGCGGCUACGAUUGCACGAAAGCAGGCCAAGGACACCGGUUCGAGGAUUUCCAGCUCUCCUUCCCUUCGUCCUCCUUCGACAAGAUGAGCUCGACCUCCUUCAUGGCGAACCGGGACGCCAGUUUCGCCUCGCUUUCGACUUCCCCUAUCUCGAUCCUCAACGGUCGAGGCGAGAGCGCGUAGCGACUGAACUACUAGAGUCGGGAAAACCCAAAGAAAGAAGAGACAGAUUCAAUUAUUUUGCAUUCGUUUGCUCCUCUCUUUUCCCUUCUUCUGCGUGACUGAUUGAAUUUUUUUCUUGUUUUAAGUUACGGAUUUGUACCGAAAAUGUACCAUAUCUUUGUGGUUU